AUAUAGUCCUUUAUAUAUCAAACACAUAUUUUCAAAUAACAAUGAAAUUACUACUAAUAAAAUAUUAAUAAAACAAUAAAGUACUACAAUUUUAGUAGUGCCAAGCAGCAUUAAUACAGUACUCCAGAGGUGUUUAUGUGUGUUCAGUCUAAUCUGUCUUCCCCAUUUUCUUAAAGUUGCUUUGGAUCGAAAACAUGUGCCAAGGACAUAGUUUAAAUGUACAGUUUAAGCCUGUGACAUAUGCCCUUCUUUCCUCUCUAACCAAAGUUCCUCCCUCAUGUGACCCCGUCCUUAAAUCCGCAUCUUCAUUUAGCUUGCCAUCUGCCACAGGAAUCGUUAUAAUUCAUUCUGCUUAAUAUCCUCAAUUUCAUUCUUAUCCCAUGGGGUUGUUUGUGCUUGGUCAUAUAUAUCCCUAUUUGUCCUUCUGAAGAAGCUCUACUUGCAUCAUCAAGCUGACAUUCUUCAACAGGUCAACACUUCUACUCCUCUUCUCUUCCUCUGGUUAGCAUGUUGGACCACAUGUCCAGACGUUCUCGCUCCAUGCUUUCUCUUUUCCUGACCUCCCUCGCUCUGGCAUUAUCUGUACUGGCUUUCUGCACAUCAUACUGGUGUGAGGGAACGCACAAGGUGGUCAAACCUCUCUGUCUUUCACCUGUCAAGAUGAAGAACUGCGGCCAGAACAACAGCGAGCCUUACACUACAGAUAGUCCCACCCCAGAUCCUCGGGGUCCAUCCAAUAGAACAAUAUCACCAAAGCGAAGGGAGGAACUUGCUAAAAUUCGAAAGAGGCAGCUGGCCAAUGCAGUCCACUACAUUUGGGAAACAGGAGAAGACAAGUACACUUUCCGAUAUUUCCACACAGGAUUUUGGGAAUCUUGUGAAAAGCAUGCUGAUGGAGAACGAUGCCGCAGGUUCUUAGAUCUUACCCCCGGAGAGACUCAUGGUGUUCUGUGGUUGUCAAUGAUUGCUGAGUUCAUGUACAUCAGUUUAUUGGGGAUGGGGUUUCUACUCAUGUGGGUGGAAGUCUUGUGCUCUCAUAAAGAAAUGCAUGCGCUCAAAAUCAACGCCUUCGCAGCCAUUUGCAUUGUUCUCUCAGGAUUAUUGGGGAUGGUGGCUCAUAUGAUGUACACCACUGUAUUUCAGCUCACUGUGAUUGUGGGACCUAAAGACUGGAGACCUCAGACGUGGGACUAUGGCUGGUCAUUUGCGCUGGCAUGGGUGUCUUUCAGCUGCUGCAUGGGUGCUGCAGUUAUGACCCUUAAUUCUUACACCAAAACAGUCAUUGAGCUCCAUCACCGCCAGAGGCUUCGAUUGGAGGAGGCACGUGCCACAAGUCACGCCCCCUCCUAUGAUGAGGUGGUUCCAGGGGGUGGAUUAUACUCUGUCAGUGGCCUAUUACAGUGCCCAGAUGGGAUGAUAGACCCUAUGUGGGCAUCAGAUGGGAACUUGGGAAUGAUGGGAGAACGGGAUGUGCCCACCCUGGUGCUGGUUGGUGGGUGUGGAACAGAUGCAUGCGAGGACUGCGAGAGAGAGAUGGAUGAGUUGAAAGAGGCCUUGAAGGGAAAAGACUCCCCUUGUUAAAGCAGAGAAUGCUGUGAAUACAUUCAAUGAGCUAAUAAGCCGUUUUUGCAAAAAACGGAUUGAAUUUUACGAAGUGUAGCAUGAUUUUUAGCGCAUGUUUUUAUCGACAUUCAUGUGACUGAAAUCUGGACAUGAGAGGAAAGUAGGUGUGAGACAGGUGUUGCCAUCUGUGCGUAAUCCUGCAAUAAGUGGAUUCCCAGCGACAGGAUUCAGAGAAAUUUUAUGAUGCUUUGAAGAUUAUGAGACUCGAUUGGAUUACUGAGAGAUAAUGUCAGAUUCCAAAACCCCUGUUAUUUUCAGGUCUGCAGUCAAUUUUUUUCUGUUUUUUUUCUGGGUUUUCUCUGCUUUAUCUUUUGUCUAUACUCCCAAGCCAUAUCAAUUCAUAUAAAACCCCAAAUCUUAAAACAGUUACUGGCAAAGAGAAACGAUUUUUCUCUGUUUUACAAUAAUGCAACUAACAACAUAAUGUUUUGUAAUUUCUAAUAACACAAUUAUUGUAAGUGAUUUUGUAAGGAUUAUAUAAUAUAUACAUGCACCAUGCUCUAUACAGUAUACAGUAUAUAUUAUAGCCUAAAUUGCUUUGAUUGUGUUUAUCUAUCAGACAUUCUGGCUUUUUGACGGAAAGUUCUUAUGACUGAAAUACAGUAACUGUUGACCUUGUCAGAUUGGAGUGAACAAGGGAAAAAACUGUAUUCCAAACAUUUUAAUAAUGCACAUUGAAUGAUAUAUUUGGAAAAGAUGAAUAAGGUGUGCUCAAAGAAAUGUGAGCUAACAAGAAGAAAACAAACUAUAUUAAUUAUAUUCUUCUUACACCGUGUCUACACCGGACGCAACAGCGCGACGCAACACGACAACCUGCUUGUUCUUAAAGGGUUUGUCGUGCUGCGCCGCAUACAGUGUGGACAAAAUUUGAAAUUAUAAUGGAUUCUAAUGCGUUUAUAAUGUCUUUUGUCGUGUCGCCGGUGUAGACACGGUGUUAGAGUAAUUUACAAAGAAGUUGCUGUAAAAGCUGUUAUGCAUUUGGUAUUGCUUAAAAUCCAUAAAAAUGUAAAACAAAUAGUUUUUAGAAUUAUACAAAAUGUAUUUAAUUAAAUUGCAAA